AUGGCCGACUCGCAGCUGUCGGGCGGCAGCCCCUCGCUCCCAUUGGCCUUGCGCCCCGCCCCGUCCAGCUCCGACGAGGACGAGUCGCUCAUGAUGCAGCUUCAGCGCAUCUCCGCGCAAUUCGGCCAAUUCCGCCACAUGGACGAGGACAAGCUCAGGGACAUGGUCGCCGCCCAGCAGGCUGGCGUUGCCGAUGCUUCUGAUUCCCAGGACGACGACGAGGAAGCGACCGAUGACGCGAAGAAGCGCGCCGACGAGCUCCGCGAAGCUAAGGCUGAGAUGUUCAGGCACAUCAAUGAUGCUCAGCAGGAAAUUCUGUACACCAUCGACUUCCUUGGCCUUCUCCUCUCCAAAGAUAAUCCCCGUGGCUCCAACUACAUGUCGCCUACCCUGAAGCAGAGUGGUGUCCCCGAGGGAUGCUUCGCCUAUGACAAGUGGCCGGUCAAGCCACUGGAUGAGCGCCAAAGAAAGCAGCAGGAUCUCGUCGCAAAGGGUUGGACCAUGGAGGGGCUCGGCGCAUCUGCGGAUUCGCUUUUGCAGGCUGCCACAAAGUUGGAGAAAGAGGUGCGGAAAGAGACCCAAUAUUGGGGCCAGAUUCUGUCCAUCAAGAAGCGGGGAUGGUCAUUGCGCAGGGUGCCUCGUGAGAGCGGCACUCUGGGUGUCCAGUUUGGCUUCCUUGAGGCGAGCGAUAGGUUCCAGGCUCGUGGCUUUGCUCCUCUGCGUGCCAAGGAAGACGGGAACAUCAUCCUUGACCAGGCUCUCGUCCAGAAGCCCAAAACCGUUCGUGUUCGUAUCGUCGAGGACGGGAAGACUGUUGGCACUUCGGAACAGAACAGUCUGGUCUUUGCUCAGCAAAGCGACCUGGAAAUUGAGGAUCUGAUCCGGAGAGCAAGAGAUUCUCUCUUCGAGCAAGAGUUAUUCCACGAGAUGACCAUGGAGUCCAGGCAACUGCUAUCCUACAAAACUCACUUCAGAGAUCACGUCAUCAUCAUUCCCGCGAGCCCGGAGGCUGCAGCCAACGCUUCGGACCAAAAGCGAGAGAUCCACGUCGAUCUGAUCGGCGUUGAAGAUGCGGACGAGCUCCCCUCCAGGCGCCCCGAGGAUGGCUUAGCCAAUGAUGUAGCGCUCACACUACGUCUCCUGUUAUCCUACAUUCACAGUCAAAGACUGCGAAAGCGUACCCAGCAGCCGCUUCCGAUGACUGACCGCGCUCGACCCGAGCCCCAACUUCCCAUCAUCCGAACUUUGCUCAACUUCAUCUACCACCACAACACCACCACUGCCCUUAGAUCAUAUUUUUCGUCUAUUCAGCACAUUCUGGCCCGGGCUGGGAUAUCUCUCAGCACCAAUUUUGAGUCAGCAUACGCGAACCUCUCGGAGACAAUUAAAACCGCCUACUCUGCGCAGAGCCGUCUUCCUGAACUGGAUGCUCUGAUGGCAGUAUUGUCUCGACCCCUGCAGACCACAGCAACCUUACCCUUGCCGUCGACGUUGGAUGAAGCUGCAGUUUUGCGUCAAGAGCUCGCAAUAACACUUCGGACGCCCAUUGCGCCGCAUAUCCAGGGCAGCGAGGUCAGCCUCACGAUACCUCCCGCCCUUGCUGACAUCCUCUACCACGACAAUCGCCAAGUCCAGAAACGCACCCUCUCUUUUGACACAUUUGAUGCCCUUAGAGAGUAUCUCGACCAUGCCAUAUCUAUGGAUUUGGCGCUUAACCUCGCCGCCAAGGAUCGUUCCGGCUUGCAGUUGAGUAACCGCCAUCCGGAGCUGGUGUACGUUGUUAAGAGAAAGGGCGAAGGGGAAAACAAGGAAGCAGUGCUGCUAGAGCUAGCAGCACACAUUUCUGGAAAGGAAGGGUGUCUCAAGGUGAGCUGGUACGCUCCCGAUACCCAAUUGGAGGGUGAUGAGGCCGUGUGGCGGGAAACCGACGGGGAAAGCAGAAGCUUCAAGGAAGUUGUGGAGGCUUUCCUUAAUGUAUCGCCGCCAUAG